AUGUCGCCUGAGUCAGUGCAAAUAUAUAAAGAAUUACUUGCAAAGGAGCCGAAAAUCGAUGAAAAAUAUGUAAUUAUUGAUGUUAAAUUGUUAAAACAUUGGAAACGCUUUAUUGGUAUCGAUAAAUCAGAAGAUGAAGAACAAGUUACUGAGCCAGGUCCAAUAGAUUUCACAAAAUUAGUUGAUCCCGCAACAGCCAGUAGUUCCAAUGAAGUACAACUUCGUUCAGAUGCUGUUGAAGGAAAUGAUUAUACCUUUAUUCCAUAUGAGCUUUAUAAAGACUUAGUAAAAACGUAUAACAAAAUCGAUCCCGAAAUAAUUCGUAGAGUAAUCCCACAAGGUCCAUAUCAAACUGUAAUUGACACUUUUCUUGUAUCAUUACGACUUCGUAAAUCAAGCGAUGACAAUGCAAGAAUAAAACAAAUCUAUCGUAGUCGUCGAACAAAGAUAGAAGAAAUAAAAAAAGAUAUUUGUAAUGAAUUUUGUAUUCCAUUAAGUUCAAAUUAUCAAUUAUAUUCAUCAGUGGAUGAAGAUGGUCAAAAGUGGGAACCCAUUGAUGAUGAACCAGAUUCAACCCUUGAAGAUAUCAGUUUAACAAAAAAAAUGCAUUUAUCAUAUAUGAAGAUCGAUCAUUAUCACUAG